CACUGUUUAACAGAUAUACACCAAAUUGGCGGAGGUGGUUUCAUGUUUUGAGUACAAACUAAAGCCUCGAGAGAGAGAGAGAGAGAGAGAGAGAGAGAGAGUUUGUCAGUUGCUGUGACUUGUCAGUGGCUUUUUCAAACUCACCCAAUUGGUUCGUGGAGCCGACGGGCCCCACCCCCACAGUAUAAAACAACUCCUCCUAGGUUUAGCCACGAGACGAGAGACUGAGAGAAAGACUCGCUUCUCAAUCUCCCUCCCUUUUUCUCUCCACUUUCCCUCUCUUUCUUUUCCUAGGGUUUUGUAUUUUCUCGCUUCCCAAACAGGCUUUCAAAAUGAGCAGCAACAAAGAUACCUUCGACAUGUCCGACCUCGGCUCCUCCCUCCCCGCCGCUGCCGCCGCUCUUAGUGCAGAGGAUCGUGCUGGUCUUGUUAAUGCUCUUAAGAAUAAGCUUCAGAGCUUGGCUGGACAGCAUACUGACAUAUUGGAAACUUUGCCACCCUCGGUCAGGAAGCGUGUUGAGGUUUUGAGAGAGAUACAGGGCCAACAUGAUGAGCUGGAAGAGAAAUUUUUUGAGGAGAAAGCUGCAUUGGAAGCAAAAUACCAGAAGCUUUAUGAACCUCUCUACACAAAGAGAUAUGACAUUGUUAAUGGUGUAACUGAAGUCGAAGGAGUGAAAAAUGAAGAUGCACCAGACCAAGAAGGAGAUAAGGCCACUGAAGAGAAAGGAGUGCCUGACUUUUGGCUCACCGCAAUGAAGACUAAUGAAGUACUUUCUGAGGAGAUCACAGAGCGUGAUGAAGGUGCACUCAAGUAUCUCAAAGAUAUCAAGUGGUGUAGGAUAGACAAGCCAAAAGGAUUCAAGCUGGAGUUCUUCUUUGAUCCUAAUCCGUAUUUCAAAAAUUCUGUCCUGUCAAAAAUAUAUCACAUGAUUGAUGAGGACAAUGAGCCUAUUUUAGAAAAGGCAAUUGGGACCGAGAUUGAAUGGUAUCCUGGGAAAAGCUUGACACAGAAGCUUCUCAAGAAGAAGCCAAGAAAGGGGUCAAAGAAUGCGAAGCCCAUGACCAAGACUGAAGAUUGUCCAAGCUUCUUCAACUUCUUUAGCCCUCCUCAGGUCCCUGAUGACGAUGAUGAUAUUGAUGAUGAUACUGCUGAAGAACUCCAAAGUCAGAUGGAGCAGGAUUAUGAUAUUGGUUCAACAAUUCGAGACAAAAUCAUUCCUCAUGCAGUAUCAUGGUUCACUGGAGAGGCUGUUCAAGGGGAUGAGUUUGAAGAUUUAGAAGAUGACGAUGAUGAUGACGUUGAUGAGAAUGAUGAUGAUGAUGAGGAAGAAGAGGAAGAUGAUGAGGACGAUGAUGACGAUGACGAUGAUGAGGAAGAGGAAGAUAAGGGCAGGAAAAAGCCAUCUGCUGGAUCUAAGGUGUGAUGAUUUAACAGUUAAAAGUGGUAGGGCACAAGGUGCGGAAGGUCAGCAAGGUGAGCGCCCUCCCGAGUGCAAGCAACAAUAGUGACAGUUAUGAAUGGACGGGCUUGCGAGGGUGGCUUCUGCUUCUUGAGAGUUGAGUGUUUGAUAUUCCUUGGUAUUGUUUGGGGAAAAUGGGUACCCUCCUGGUGCUUUGGGUUUUAUUGCUUCUGUUGGAUGUUUAGGUUGGCCAGUGCUGUCUAUGUCCUAUGAAACCCUAAGUAUAUUUAUUGAUACAUUUCUCUUUCAUUGUUUGUUUAUUAAAUAUAGCAAUGCAA